GAUUUUGCUUCCCGAGCUAAACUGGCUGUCCAGAACCUGGUGCAGAAGGUUGGGUUCUUCGGCAUUUUGGCCUGCGCUUCGAUUCCAAACCCUCUGUUUGACCUGGCCGGGAUAACAUGUGGACACUUUCUGGUUCCCUUCUGGACCUUCUUUGGUGCAACCUUGAUUGGGAAAGCAGUAAUUAAAAUGCACAUCCAGAAACUUUUCGUUAUUAUCACAUUCAGCAAACAUAUAGUGGAGCAGAUGGUGUCCCUAAUUGGUGCUAUUCCAAGUAUAGGUCCUUCUCUUCAGAAGCCAUUUCAAGAAUAUUUGGAAGCUCAGAGGAUAAAACUUCACCACAAAUCUGACAGUGGCGUGCCACAGGGGGAAAACUGGCUAUCGUGGAUGUUUGAAAAAUUGGUGAUUGUCAUGGUUUGUUAUUUUAUCUUAUCUAUAAUCAACUCCAUGGCCCAGAGCUAUGCCAAACGACUGCAACAGAAGAUGUACUCGGAAGAAAAAACCAAAUGAGCUUGGGAAAAAAAAAACCAAAAACCCUUGGGAUGGGUUUUAGCAGACAUGAAAAAUGACACAUCUUUCCAUGUUUAAAAAUCAGCAUUAUUCAGAAUGGGGGAAAACUUUUUAACAUCAAUUUUCAACUAGAACAAAUUUUUAUUUAAUUUUGAAAGUAAUUUGGAUAUUAGAGCAGACGUUUCAUUGACAAACUUAUAAAUGUUAAGGUAAGGUAUAAAUGUUUUUACAUGUCCGAGUUGUAUUGUAUGGGAUGGACAAUGUGACGUUAAAUGGAGUUUAACACGAAUGUUGUCCAUCCAAAUUACUUCCAAAACUGCUGAUUUAAUACUCUCCACUUCCUGAUUUAACUUCAGACUGACCUAAGGGUAACUUUUUCUUUUGAAGGGUGGCUGUUUUGCUUUUUCCAUAACUUUCAAGACCAUCAAAAUGUAUAUAAAUGAAUACAGAUCAGAUACAAACCGUUGCAUGUCCCUCAUGGUAAGGCUAUUCCAUCUGAAUUCUCCGGUGUCCCAUCGCAUUGCACG